AUGCAUGUACAGCGUAUUGUCGAUGGCGUGCAUUUACUCGCGCGGUUGUACCCUGACGUAUGGGGAAAGCAUGUAUGGGAUGAAGCAAGUGUGCUUGCAUCCGAUGCUGUGGCGCAGCUGCUGGACAAGCUGCGGCAGAUGCAAUCCAGCGACACCGAGCAGGUUCGCGCAAGCCUUCGCAUCGCGUCCAACGGGGAAACACGCGUGGUACUUGGCAACAUGGCGCCAGCGAGUAGCGAAAUAUACCCUGUUCGUCUUGAUACACAGCCGACGCUUGUGGACACGCCGUAUGUGUACGUCAAGACGGAUCAACGCAGCUUGUACGAUGAGGCGCGCGCGCGCGUCCAUGGAAAUUUGGGUGCGCCGGGCGCAUCGUCGUCCUCGUGUUUCGACGUGCUGAUGUGGCACGAAGAGGCGCAUGCAUGUGUGGUCACCGAGUCAAGUAUUGCCAAUGUCAUUCUUGAAAUACCCGGCGCGCACGGCCAGCUGUACACGCCGACAUGUACAGCCUUACUGCCCGGCCUGUUGCUUCAGGAGUUGUGCGCACGAGGCGCCGUGACGCAGCGUGAGAUUACAGUGGAUGCGCUGCAUGAGGCGCUACGCUCCGGCGCGCGUCUGUGGCUUUGCAACGCAGUGCGCGGCAUGUUCCAAGUAGCCCUUGUAUAA